AUUCAUCUAUAUAUAACCUAAACCGCUCAACGCAACAUUAAUUCUGCAAGUCCUAUUAGUUGCUCAUCAAUUGUAGUUUCUUGGUUUCAUAGCUAGCAACAACGUCUAAAGUAUGGCUCAAAUUAGGAAGAUGGAUUUCCAAGUUGAGAUCAAGUCCUCAGCUGAUAAGUUCUAUGAUGUCUUCAGGAACAAAGUCCAACUGAUGCCAAAGAUGUCCAAUCAUGUAAUAACUGAUGUAAAACUUCUUCAGGGUGACUGGGACUGCCAGGGCGCUGUCAGGCUGUGGUCUUAUGUUGUUGAAGGUAAGCCUGAGACUGCUAAGGAGAUUUUGGAAACCGUGGACGAUAAAAACAUGACACUUGUUUUCAAAGCGGUGGAGGGUGAAAUCAUGAAUUCCUACAAGAGCUGGAAGACCAUCCUGAACGUCACGCCAAUGUGUGAGAGAGGCUUGGUGAAAUGGACCCUGGAAUUUGAACAGCAAAACGAGGACAUCCCUGAUCCUGUCAAGUACGCCGUCUUCUUGACCAUCUGGACCAAGAAUAUCGACGCUUUCCUUUGCAACACCGCCGAUCAAAGUCACCGACAAGCAAUUAAACUACGAAAAUUCUUCCUCCUUCCUCCUCUAGUGACAGUAGUGUUGCGGGUAGGCAGUUCAAGAGAACUUCAAAGACUAUAUGAUGAGACUGUUGAGUCAGCUGAUUGCUGUUGGUUGGAUCGCUAUGCAGUACUUGAGAAGACUGAGACAAAAACAAUGGCACAAAUUGCAAAGAUGGAGGUCCAAACAGAGAUCAAGUCCCCAGCAGACAAGUUCUAUGACAUCUUCAGGUCCAAAAUGCACCUCAUGCCGAAGAUCUGCCCUCAGGAAUUUAAGGACGGAAAGCUUGUUGAUGGUGACUGGAAGAGUGUGGGCUCUGUCAGAGAAUGGUGUUAUGCUGUUGCAGGUAAUACUGAGACUAUUAAGGAAAGCAUUGAAGCCAUUAACGAUGAAAGCAAGACCAUCACUUUCAAUAUGCUGGAUGGAGAUGUGAUGAAAUACUACAAUACUUUCAAGCCGAUUCUUAAUGUCACAGCAUUGGGUCAGGGAUGCUUGGUGAAAUGGACUUUGGAAUACGAAAAGAAAAACGAAAGCAUCCCUGCUCCUAUCAAGUACAAUGACUUUUUAGUCAGUUGGAGCAAGAAUAUUGAUGCUUACCUUCUGAACGCCUAAAAACAGCCAUAUAUA